AAGAUAAUUCUAUUUAUACGACAAAUGAAGAGGCUAACAAUUUACCUAUGACAACUAUAUUCGACAAUUCACAGUCUAUAGGGUCAAAUAGUGUAACACAAGAAAUAACGGAAGAACAUAAAAAACCUGUAGUAUUUAAGAAGGUGAAUAAUACUGCAAGGAAGAUUGAAAAAUCCCUUAAUCUUCAAAAAUCAAAUUCGAAACCAAAAGUAUUAAAUGAGAAUUAUUCUUCACCUUACAAUGAUAACUCGCAAACAAAUAUAUAUAGCAAUCCAAACGUAUCUUACGUUCCUCCAGAUAACGGCAAUGCAUAUCCUUAUUAUCCAUAUAUACCAGGAAAUUUUUCGAUAACUGGAGAACACAAUCCUGGUCAAAUAGAUCAUCCAUUGACAUCGAAUGUGUUUUACAAUUUACAUCUGUUGCAUUUGGAGGACACUUUCCGUACUUUAAAUCCAACUUAUUACGGACCGAUAAUGUAUGGACCGAAUCAUCAAAGCAUGCAAUCUUUGAGUACACCAUCAAAUGCUAUAAACAAUGGUCCCUGCAUGCAAUAUAUGCGGGAGGAAGUAGAUCGCCUUGUUAACGACAUGCAAAAUAGUUCAUUGAAUGAGGGAUCAAAUGCCAGUGCUGAGAUUCCCAAUGCUUCGCAUGUGAACAUGAAUAAUAUGCAAAGUACAAAUCAGUCGAAGCAAGGAUCAAGAAAUUUGAGCGGGAAAGACUCCUCACAUCCCAUUCAACAGAAAGGAAAGCAAACUGGAACUAUUAAAGGCAAUAAGAUACGAAAUCGCCAGCAAAAUGCUCGCGGAUCAUCACAUAUGCAAUACUCGGGUCAUCAAUAUGGCGCGACAAUGCCGAGUGGUUCUGUGAAUCCGUACAAUGCGCGAAGGCACGAUGUGCAUAUGCUGCAACCGCAGCAGCAUCAUUGGGAUCCGAUGUCGCAUCAGAUAGCACCUAGCGUGGUAGCCGGUCCGACAAAUGGUUAUGCACCAUCGCAGUAUACAACAUCGAACCAAAUAAUUCCUUAUCAUGAACUUCCACCACACUACACGAACGAAAGCAAUUCAGGGAAUCCUUCAUAUUAUCUGGGAAAUGGUAGCUACAUACCCGUAUCGUACUUACCACCUCAGCACGUCGACGCAACUGAGAACGGAGCUGUACCUCCGUCGUAUCCGCAACAUUUCUAUUCAACGACCGAGGCUUAUCCGCCAGGUCAUUCAUCAAUAAAUGGCCAACCAAUGAUAUACUCGCAGCCGGUCAUGUAUCCACAAUCGGUGCAAUAUCAUGCUGUACCAUCACCAUCGCAACACAUGCAAGAGCAAUGGAAUCCGACUUUGGGACCGCAACCCUCCUAUGUUACCCAAUGCAUUGCUCCAAAUCCAGGUCUAGCUCCGAUCAUAGAACCAUCCCCUAAUGGUCAAUGUACCGUUCCAAAAGGUUCACUUUAGAUAUAUAUAUAUUCUGAAAAUUGAUAAUUAAGAUUGAA